CUCUGUGGGAAACCAGAGAGAGGCUGUUGGGUGACCAAAUGAUGCCAUCAAGACAUGCUCCUCCAUCUUUUCAUGGUGCUGGAGGGGAAGCAGCGGCUGUGGAACCAGAUCAAGGUCCAGUGUGCUUUGAAGAUGUUGCUGUUCAUUUCACAGAUGAGGAAUGGGUGUUGCUGGAUCCUGACCAGAGAGCUCUGCAUAAGGAAGUCAUGGAGGAGAAUCGUGAGGUCAUGGACUCUCUCAGUGCUGAUGAAUUGGAAAUUAAGAACAGAGAGACCACUGCAAAAAUCCACACAGUGGAGAGCCAUUAUAACUAA